CCGGGCCCUCCUCUUCCUCAAUGCGAGGGAGUUCCGGGCCCGUCGGAGUUGAGUCGAGGGGCGGGAAGGGCCUCCUUUUCGGCCCGGAGAAGUUGUCACUCGAGGCUGGCGCGGCAUGGCCCUCCUGGGAAAGGCCAGGCCUGGCAGACGGGUCACGUGGAAGCAUAUUGCUUAUACCCCACUAUUCCGAUAUCUGCAGUGUCCUUUAUCUACAUGUUGUGCCCCAUUAUUUAGGGCUUCCAAAAGCAAAUACCAGGAACUUCACAUGAGAAGACAGAAAACAUGGAAUUUAUUGACCUGUGAGAAUGGAUUAAAAGCUACCAACAUGCCUCUAAGCAACAUGAUACAUUGCUCCUCUGUGAACUGCAAAACAAAAAAUAAACAACAGCAUACAAAAAUCCCGGUAUUAAAUGGGGACAUCCCUUCCCUUUAUCGACAUGUAUUUGAAAGCAAUUCAAGGAACAGCAAGGUCUGCAUUCAAAGAUAUUCAGAAGUGCUUGAGAAGUUCAGUAAAGGAGGAGGGGAAAAUGCAAUAUUUCGUCACACUCAGAAGAACAAAAAGUUGCUUGCUCGUGAACGCUUAAAGAUGCUUCUUGAUGAUGAACCUUUCCUUGAGCUUUCCCCUUUUGCAGGCCUAGAUAUGCCUUAUGGGGAUGUUCCAGCUGGAGCCUGUCUCACUGGAAUUGGCAGAAUAUGUGGGAUUUGGUGUGUCUUCUCAGCAAGUGAUGCAACAGUGAAAGGUGGGACUUUAUUCCCAAUUUCAGUAAAGAAACAACUAAGAGCUCAAGAAAUAGCAAUGCAGAACAGACUUCCAUCUGUUUAUCUUGUGGAUAGUGGAGGAGCCUUCUUGCCACUUCAGGCAGAAAUAUUUCCUGACAAGUCCCAUGGAGGUCGAACUUUCUACAAUGUGGCAUUGAUGUCUUCAUUAAGAAUUCCUCAGGUGGCAGUGGUAUGCGGUUCUUGUACCGCAGGAGGUGCUUACCUUCCUACAAUGUCAGAAGAAGUAGCUAUGAUAGAUAAAAUUGGCACCCUGUUCCUUGCUGGGCCCCCUUUAGUUAAAGCUGCCACAGGAGAAGACAUUAAUUCUGAGGACCUGGGAGGAGCCAUGCUGCAUUCUACGAUCAGUGGGUGUGUUGAUCAUUUUGCAUCUUCAGAAAAAGAGGCAUAUGAAUGUGUUAGAAAUACUAUUUCCAUGCUGAAUUAUGAUAUUCCUGCAGAAGAGACUCUGGAGUUUGAUAGUCCCUUGUAUGAUUCCGAAGAACUUUUGGGCCUUGCGCCACAAAAUUAUAGCUGCACUCUACAUAUAAAAUUAAUUCUGAGUCGUAUGAUCGAUGGUAGUAGAUUCCACGAAUUCAAAACAAAUUAUGGAACAACUUUAGUAACGGGAUUUGCCUACAUAGAAGGACAGCUGGUUGGAAUAGUGGCUAACAACGGUGAACUGACUCACGAUGCUUCUCUAAAGGGAUCUCACUUUGUACAACUUUGUAACCAAAGAAACAUUCCAAUCUUGUUUGUGGUCAAUACAGCUCCAAGUGCAGCAGAUCCAAGCAGUCCAAACCAGGCAGUGGGCCACGCUAACAGAUUAAAGGCACAUGCCUCCAUGAUGUCUGCAGUUGCUUGUGCUGCUGUUCCCAAGAUCACCCUUGUCGUUGGUGGCUGCUAUGGAAAUGACUCCUAUGCUAUGUGUGGGAGAUCAUUUGAUCCAAACUUCCUAUUCCUUUGGCCUAAUGCAAAAAUUGCCCUUGUGGAUUCAAGACAUUUCCCCACAUUCUCAGCAACUUGGGAUGAUGACAGUUCAGAAACAGAAGUACACCUUUUAAAGGAAAAGCUGAAGAAAGAAAGCAAUGCAUUUUACUCUACAGCCAGGAUUUGGGAUGAUGGUGUAAUCCUACCUCAGAAUUCAAGGAAGGUUAUUGCACAGUGUUUAAGAAUUACAAAACAGCAGCAGCACCAGGUCAUGUCCCUGCAGCGGCCACCUAUGCCUGUCUUCAGAAUGUGAGCAAGAAUGCCUACCUUUAAAGAAUGGAAUGUGAACAUUUGACUAUAUUGAUACCAAAUGCUCAGAAGUUGUAUAUUAAUUCAACACAAUAUCAUUAUGAUACCUCAGUAUUAAAACAUAACUGAUUUCAAGAGAUAUGUCAGCUAUUCAUUGUACUUCGUACUUCAUUGGCAAGAUAUUUCAAAGUUAUAUGAAACGUGAUGAUGAAAUUCUUACUCAUUUAUUUGUUAGAUGCUUUCCCAAGAUUGAAAGCAGUUUACACUAAUAUGUAUACUAAUUGGGUUGGGGAAUAAAAUAUAAGAAUACAGAGGGACAGUGUAAAAAAAUAUGAGCAAGUAGACUAAUCAGCCAAAACAAAAAAUGUUAGAUCUCUGAAAGACCCAGAAGAGGGUGCUGAACACAUGAAGAGAUUACUCUCUAUAUAAAUCUUGCCUCACUGAAGUAAACAGUGUUUCCAACUGUGACAACUGAUAGAGGAAAUAUGGGUAUGGUAGGUGAUCGAAGCUGUGGAUAAUGGAGAGCCGUUCUCAAGGAUACGACAAACAGUUUUGAUGGAUUUUUGCAAUUCUGACACAACUUUGCCUCUAUCUUUAAGGAGAAGAUUGACCUUUUAUGCAAGACAGACUCUUGAGUUAAUCCUUAUUGCCAAUAAGAACAAAUGGACAUUUUCCCCUCAGAAGUGAGGGAAGGUUUUUCAAAAGUACUGUAAUGUAAUGAUUUUAUGUAUUAGCCAUUAUUGUCCUAAAGUGUAUGAAUUCAUCAUGCUUAGCAGAAUUAGAAUUCUCAAUUUGUUUCUGAGCUGAUUAUUUUGAUAAAUGGUAAAUUGCAACUUUCUAAUCCUCUGUUCCAUGAUAAUGUUAUCUGUUGAAAAGAAUGUGUCUCCCUUCCCCAGUCCCUUGGUUUUAAAAUCUGAAGGGUCAUGUCUGUAUCUUACUAAUGAAUCAAACCCCUAGGUUGUAGAAUAAUCAGUGAAGGUAAUUUGACAGUGUAAUAUUGAUGCUCUGUUUUAUACAAUUUUCCAUCUGUCGGAUUAGCAAUAAAAUACUGUCAAUUUGCAUAUA